GCAAUACCAACAUACAAGACAGUUACAGAUUAACAUCUUGCGUUUUUUUUUGCGUGUUAUUUAUCAUAAUGCCAACAUAGUACCCAGUUCAGCUAAUACCAACGUACCCAGUUUAUGACGUUAUCCUAGUUCAUUGCGGUGAAGGUUCAAAUAUGAUGGCUGUACUUUUGUACUGAUGAAGGUUAAAUUUACAAGUACAAGAAGAACAAUUGUCAUUGGCUAUGGAUUUUGUGAAAAUUGUGAAUUCAAAACUCAGCGUUGAAGAAAUUUCAAACUUAGUUUCUUCACCAUCAUGUGGUGCAAUAUCUCUUUUUGUUGGCACAACCAGAGAUAAUUUUGAGAAUAAACAGGUAGUGCAUUUGGAGUAUGAAGCUUAUGUUCCGAUGGCAGAGAAAGCAAUGAAGAAGGUGUGUGAAGACAUUCGGGGGAAGUGGCAAGUGGAACAUAUAGCUAUAUAUCAUAGGUUAGGCAUUGUUCCUGUGAUGGAGGCAAGUUUAGUGAUAGCAUUAUCGUCGCCACACCGAGCAGAGUCUCUCCAAGCUGUCCAGUAUGCUAUUGAUACCGUUAAGUCGUCAGUACCCAUCUGGAAGAAAGAAGUGUAUGCUUCUGAACAGGCGGAGUGGAAGGAAAACACAGAAUGUGCGUGGAGAACAGACAGAAUCUUGCUGAAUAAGAUAAAAGUGGAAUCAUCUGAAGAAAUACAAGAACUAGAAGGUGAAGAAGAGUUCAAAAAUCAGAAGUCUCAUUCUGUAACUACAGUAGUGCCACCACACUUCAUCCAAAUUAAAGCUGGAUCUGAAGAAAUUGCACGUCGUAUAAAUUCGUUUAUCGAACGAAAGCGAGAGCAGGUGAACUUGGGAAAUAUUCAAGAUUUUUGUUACCAUGACAGUGCACCAGCAAGUGAUAGCUCAUGUGCAAGAGUUGAUGCUCUAUUGAUUGCAAGAAAAGACAGUAAAAGUCACCUGCGUGUUCGACGUGUGUUGAAUACUUGGGGUCCACAAACAAGAGGAAUUGAUCCAGGAUCUAUGGGCUGUACUAACCCUCAGGAUCCAGUAAGCACACUGUUCAAGCAGGAUGUGAAUGAUGAAUCGUCAAAAUGUCUGGAAGAUGUUAAACCUGAUGUAAAGGAUGGAAUGACUGGGCCUGUGGGGUUGGAAGAGAGGCUGAACAAUGCAGAAUGUCAUUUGAAAAUGCAUGGUCCCAUGCCAAGGGACAUCUAUUCUCGUCUUAAACAAAUUGAGAAUCGCAUACUUCAUUUAGAAGGACUUUCACCUGAAUACUUCCAGUUCUGGGUAAAUGCUCCAUUUAAAGAGGAAUCAGAAGUACAUUACAGACCAGUAAGAAAGCGGACAUACUCUACUUCAGAGUUAGAAAACAAGUUAUGUGCUUUGGAAUACAAGAUAUCAAUGAAAGGAAAAUAAUGAUCACAGACUAUGCCAUAUUUCAGUUCCUGACACCAGAACCAUAACACAUUGAAGUUGUAGUGGUCUUUGUAGGAAUUGGUUUUCACAGCAGUGAGUUUGAAGAUGGCUGUCUUCUUGGUUGUUGUGCCAUGUAGUCUGGUAGAAGUUUACCAGCAUUUCAGAGGUUGCUACAACAGUGUUAUGAAAAUUGGAGAAUAAAUUACAUAUAUUUUUGA